AUGUCCAGCUUAACCCAAACCAUCACUGCCCCCAAUGGCGUGAGCUACCAGCAGCCCACCGGUCUCUUCAUUAAUAACCAAUGGGUCGCUUCGUCAACUGGCCAAAAGCUCCAGUCUAUUAACCCUGCGACCGAAGAAGAGAUUACCUCAGUCCAUGCCGCCACGGCGGAAGAUGUCGACAAGGCGGUUUGUGCCGCUCGCGCUGCAUUCGAGGGAGAAGAAUGGCAAAAUGGUGUUGGGACUGCUCGAGGCAAGUUGAUGCAUAAAGUGGCCGACUUGGUUGAAAGCCAGCAACAUGUUCUAGCCACCAUUGAGGCACUCGACAAUGGCAAACCAUACUCUCAGGCGCUGGGUGACAUUGAGGAAGUCUUCUCGGUCUUCCGAUACUACGGAGGCUGGGCCGACAAGGCUUACGGACAAACCAUCGAGACUAGUCGCUCAAAGUUUGCUUAUACCGUGCGCGAACCUAUUGGUGUUUGUGGCCAGAUCAUUCCAUGGAACUAUCCACUUGGAAUGGCAGCGUGGAAGUUAGGCCCUGCACUAGCUUGCGGGUUCCCACCCGGUGUGGUCAAUAUCAUCAACGGCUAUGGUCGCGAAGCUGGGUCAGCCUUGGUCCAGCAUCCUGAAGUCGAUAAGGUGGCAUUCACCGGCAGUACACCUACAGGUAAACAGAUCAUGCGGAUGGCCAGCGAUACGAUGAAAAACAUCACGCUUGAGACAGGAGGGAAGAGUGCUCUCGUCAUCUUCGAUGACGCUCAGAUCCCCAAUGCAGUCAAGUGGGCACAUUACGGUGUAAUGGGCAACAUGGGCCAAAUCUGCACGGCAACAUCGAGGAUUUUCGUCCACGAUAACAUCUACGAUACUUUCAUUCAAAGGUUCAAAGAAUACGUCGCGAAGAUCCAAGUCAUCGGCUGCCCAUUCGAGGAAAAAACGUACCAAGGCCCCCAAGUCUCCAAGGAUCAAUUCGAAAAGAUUCUCGAAUAUGGCAGGAUUGCCCAGGAGGAAGGCGCCACCAUCGUUGCCGGCGGCAGGGCUGCCGAAGCUCGACCCAACGGUAAAGGCUACUUUGUUGAACCUACGAUCGUCCGUGACGUGCAGCCGCAUAUGAGAAUCUACAAAGAAGAGAUCUUCGGGCCAUUUGCGGUCUUCGUCAAAUUCUCAACCGAGGCGGAAGCAAUCCGGUUGUCGAACGCGACGGAAUACGGGCUUGCCGCUGCUGUGUGUACAAGUGAUAUUACUCGCGCUCACCGUGUGGCUAGCAAGUUGAAAGCCGGCAUGGUCUGGAUUAAUUCCAGCAACAAUAGUGAUUUCCGCGUGCCUUUUGGUGGAGUGAAGCAGAGUGGUAUUGGAAGGGAAUUGGGCCAGGCAGGCUUGGAUGCGUACUCGCAGCUCAAGUCGGUUCAUUUGAAUCUGCAGUUGGUAGAGCAGAUCUAG